AAAAACAUAAAAUCUAAACUACUAAAAAACUUCCCCAUUUCUCGACCCCAAAAUAGCAAAGAAAUCUCUCUCUCUAGAUCCGAAAUAAUUUAGCGAGUCCUCUCUCUAUAAUCCGAUCCGCUAAUUUUUCGCUCUCCAUUUUUUAAAAAAGUCGGGAGUCGGAGAGAAGGCCCGAACCCGGAUCUCGAUCGCCGCCUCGCUUUCGCUCUGAGAUCUCCGGUCUCGGGAUUUGAUACGCCUACGAGUUUUACGCUAUGGGUGUGGAGAUCUUGGGGACUGAUGUUACACCGAAGCAGGCUGAACCCAGUGAAGGCAAUGCCAAAUUUCCUACUGAGGUGGAUGGGAAGCCAUCAGCAGAACCAACGAAAACUGUUUCAAUGAGUGGUUUGAAUGUCAACGGAAAGGUGAAAGAAGCUGAUACUCUAGUUACUUCUGAUACCCCCAAGGAUGCUGUAGAUGAGUGGCCUGAAGCAAAGAAAAGCCAUAACUUUUAUUUCGUUAAAAUCCGCUCAUAUGAUGACCCAGAGCUGAAGAGGAAGAUAGACGAAGCUGACAAAGAACUCCAGAGGAAGAAUCAGGAUCGGUUUCGGCUAACUGAAAAACUGAAGGAGAAAAGGUCGGAAAGAUCAAAUCUGAAAUCACAACUUCAGCCUUUCCUUGCUGAGAAGAAAAAACACAACGAAAUUAUGGAUGAGAAGAGGAAGGAAAUGGAACCUCUACAGAAGGGUUUGGCUGAGCAUCGUACUGCAAGGAACAGUGCAAGGGAGGGAGGCAUGGGCUUGUGCUCUUCAGAAGAAGAACUUGAUGAUCUUAUUCGAAGCUUGCACUAUCGCAUACAACAUGAAAGCAACACCUUAAAUGAGGAGAAACAGCUGCUUAAAGAGAUUAAACAACUCGAAGCGACGAGAGAAAAGGUUAUUGCUAAUGUUGCUGUGAGGAUGAAAAUUGAGAACUCCAAAGGUCAGACAUCAGAGCUCCAAGACAAGAUGAAACUGCUUGGUGUCAAUAUGGACGAAGUUAGAAAGGAGAGAAAAGCAGUUGUGGCACAAAUCGAACAAAUAGAUGAGAAACUGAAGGUUGUAAAUGAUGAGAUAGCAUCACUGGAGGAGGGACUGAGAUCUAUUACUGAGAAAAGGGACAAUGCAUAUGAAACUCUGAAUACAUUGAGGAGAAAACGUGAUGAAGUGAAUUCGUGUUUCUACCAGAACAGAUCACUCCUGAACAGUGCCAGAGAUCUUGCAGCAAAGAAAGAUAAAGAACAAGUGGAAGCGCUUUGUAACAGUGAGGUAGAGAAAUUCAUGUCACAGUGGAGCAGCAACAAAGCUUUCAGAGAUGACUAUGAGCGUCGCAUAUUGAAAUCUCUUGAUAUUAGGCAGUUAAGCAGGGAUGGGCGAAUGAGGAACCCUGAUGAAAAACCGAUUGUUGUAGAGACACCGCCAGCUGCCAAGUUGGAGACGUCAGCACUUAAAGUGGCCCCUAAACAUGUAAAUGAGGUUAUUAAGCCUCCUAAAUCAGAAGAAGCCCAAGCUCAAGAGGUCAACAAACCAGCUAAAGCAGGUGCUGGAAGAAAAGAGAAUAGCACUGGGGAGACAGAAAAUGCUUAUGAAUAUGAACAGACUAAGGAGUUGUCAAAACCUAAAGAGGUUGAUCCUACGAAAUUAAAGGAGAUGAAAAGAGAGGAAGAGAUUGCCAAAGCUAAAUUGGCCAUGGAACGAAAGAAGAAGUUAGCGGAGAAAGCAGCGACUAAGGCAGCAGCUCGAGCACAGAAGGAAGCUGAGAAAAAGCUGAAGCAAAAGGAGAAGAAAGCUAAAAAGAAGGCUGGAGCUAAUGAACCUGAUGCCCCUGCUGAAGAAACUGAGAGAGAGACGAAGGCUGAAGAGCCUGAAGACGCUGAAGCAAAACUAGAAAACCCAGUUGCAGAAACUAGUGUACAACCAAAGCCCAACAUUAACUACAGGAAUCGGGCAAAAGCUCAGAAUCAACUUCCAAGAGUCAUCCUCAAGAGAAAGAAAUCUCGUUCAUACGUCUAUUGGGCUAUUCCUGCCGCUGUUUGCUGUGUGUGCUUGCUUUAGUAGCUG